UGACCAACUAAAGAUAACUGAAGCAUCAUGGCGCGUGAAGAUGACUACUGCUCCAUCAUGACUGGUCUAAGUGAGCUUGACCUUCAGGGAAAAGCAGUCCCUAGUGAUCUUGUGCUGAUUGGUGCAGAUGCCUUUCCACUUGCCAUGAAUCCAAGAGGUCAAGUUCUGAUUGCUGCAUCUCGUUACGGUCAGGGACGUGUGGUGGUGUUGGGACACGAAGAGUACUUGACCCGUUUCCCCGGCCUGAUAGAGAAUGCCCUGAUGUGGCUCAUGCCAUGUACCGGUGAUGCCAGCAUUGUCGGGAUUCAGAAGAAUUUAGGUCCAGUAGCUAACAACUUUAGCAAUUCGUCUAUCAGCACAGAGCUUGGAGAUUUUCGGGAGGGAUUGGCUGUAUAUAUCACAGAUGCUUACAGCGUUGAUAAUUGUGUAAAGGAUUUGAUUGCUUUUGUCAAAGCUGGUGGUGGUUUAAUUAUUGCUGGCCAAGCAUGGAACUGGGCUAAGGCUAAUCCAAAGGAGGAUGUUUUUCUGAACUUCCCUGGAAACAAGGUGUGCAGCGUCGCAGGAAUUUACUUUUCGGAACACCAGGGAGAACUUGCAGUGAUUCCUGUGCCUUCAAAUAUCCCUUCUAGUUGGCUUGCUGUUUCAAUCGUCAAGGAUUUUAAGAAUGACCUAGAAUUCCUGCUGAAAGGUGUGCCUCAGUUUGACAUCCAAGGCGGGGCUGUGUCUUCUGAGCUGAUGGUGCAUGGACUAUUAGCAUUUCCUAUUGCAGUCACUCCACAGGGAAGAGUAUUCAUUGCCGGCGCAUACUAUGGACAAGGACGGGUAAUUGUGUUAACCCACGAAGGCUUCCUGGGUCGUGAAUCUCUGUCCACCUUCCUGAUUAAUGCAAUCAACUGGCUGGAUGAGGGGCGUAAAGGUGUUAUUGGGAUCAUUCCCAAACUCACAGGAGCCCAAAAGAUCCUCAGCAAAUCCGGUCUGAACUGCCAGUUAACUAACUUCAAAAAAGAUCUCAGUGUCCACGUCUGCACUUCCUACAGUGAUGCAGAGUGUGAAAAGAUCCAAGAAUUUGUGGCAGAAGGUAGUGGCCUUCUGAUCGGAGGUCAUGCCUGGAAUUGGGCCCAGAAAAACCGUGGCCGCAAUGUGAUGACUGAAUACCCAGGAAAUCGCAUUCUUAACAAGAUGGGACUUUGCAUUUUGGGCAGCACUGUGAAUGGAGGAUUAUACAAAUCCCCAGAUAUCAAUCAGGGCUUUAAAGAUGUGUACCACUUUCGUAAAGUACUAAGAGGUUUUGGAAAGCAUGUAACCAAGGGGCAAAAACUUACUCCUCAUGUAGAGGGUUCUCUAAAACAACUUGGCAAUGAUUGUACCAGAUACCUUCGUAUGCGUACACAUGAUUGUGCUUCUUAUAAUUCAAUGGUAACUCAUUUUACCGACAUGGUGAAGGAUAUCGGUGUUCCACAGGUUAGUAGUAAGUGUCCUGUUAAAACUCCCAAAGACUGCCUGAUGCUUCAAAUCGCGACGGAACUUUACAAAACCAUGUCUGACCCUGAUGCCCUCCUGCCACACAUCAUUAAGGAUAUACCUAAAUUCCCCACUGUGACUGAUGCAAGAGUUCGUAUCAAUGCUGACACUGGUGGCGCUGAAGCAUGGAUAAGCACAGGCUUGUAUCUUUCUCCUGGUAUGAGGACACAGAUGGUAAUACCCCCAGAGCUCAUUGGGAAAAACUGGAAGGUCCAGAUCGGAAGCCACACAGAUAACAUUGGGGCUGCAGAUGUUUUGAAACGAGCUCCUGUGGUCUAUGAGCGAUUCUUGUUAGACAAUGAAAAGGUUCAAAUCUGUAAUCUAUGGGGAGGGCUCAUCUACCUAAUUGCACCUCCUAAAACCAAAGUGGAUGGGGUGGAAAUUGUGGUGCAGACUGCAGUAAAGGCUCCAUACUUCAAGUCUGGCUUUAUGCAUGCUGGAUAUCCCAUCAUGAUUCAGUCCGGCUCCACCCAAGGACUGAUAAAUCCAGAAGGUGCCCGUAAAACUGGUUUGUGGGGACAUAUACAUGAGCUUGGUCAUAACCAGCAGCGUGGAGUUUGGGAGUUUCCUCCACACACAACUGAGUGCACCUGCAACCUGUGGUCAGUGUAUGUGCAUGAGGAGGUGCUUGGUGUCAAUAGGGCCACUGCUCACAAAGGCUUGAACCCAGAUAGUCGCCAGGCUCGCGCCAGAGAUUAUGUCAAAGGUGGCAGAGAUUUGAAAAAAUGGACCAUGUGGAUAGCACUGGAGACUUAUAUGCAGCUUCAAGAAAAAUUUGGCUGGGAUGCUUUCAAGAAGGUUUUUGCUGCCUAUCAUGUCAUGACUGAAGUGCCCAAAACCAAUCCAGGCAAGAUGAAUCUGUAUGCUGAGACCUUUUCCAAGGUGGUGAACAUGAAUCUGUCAUCCUUCUUCAAAGCCUGGGGUUGGCCGAUCGAGCCCAGCACUGAACAGAAGAUCUCUCAUCUCCCCGAGUGGAGCGAUCAUCCUAUGAAGCAGUAUGCAUAAGACACCUGACAGAGCUUUAAUAAUUACAAUGUGAAAUCUGAUAAAAUUGAGGUCCAAGAGUAGAUUGAUAUGGGUUACUUGAGAGCUGCAGGGAUGACAAAAUUUCCAUAUGCCAAAUCUGGAGUAGAGUUAUCAUUUUAGCUCUUGCAGUUCUCUUGUCCCAAAGUCAGUGGGUUUUUUGGAUAAACGCCUUAAAUAAGGUCUGUGGUUAACACAAGUUUAAGAUAUAUUUAAGUUUUUUUUUAAACAUAAAACAUACCAGAA